CAAACUUCCAAGGUUUUGUGUAUGGAUGAUUUGUGUUCGAUGCAUACAAAGCAAAUAAAGGGUUUUUCUUUUUUGAUCUGCGAUUCAGAUCUAGGGGAUACCUGACCCGUUCGAGAUCCAAGAUCGCAGAGAUGGAUGGAACAGAUGAUGAAAUGGGUUUCUCAUCUGCCCCUAGUACUCCAGAUUCAUACGAAUCAGAGCUCGAAUAUGUUUUUGACGAGAUUCGUAUUGAAAAGCAGAUGGAAAUGGUGAAGGAAAGGCUUGCUGCCUAUUACAAGCCAAAAGAGGAUGAGCCUAAAGAGGUAAAGAAGAAAGAGGAUGAGGACGAUGAUGACACCCAAUCUGAGUCCUACAAAUAUGAAGAGGGGAUGAUGUUCUGUGGGAAUAUUUUAUCUCAGAUCCAAAGCGACGCUACAAAGACUUCUAGGGGAGUAUUCCUCUCUUCUUAUGUGGGUGUAAUAUUUCAAUUAUGUGUCUCCUUAUGUGCUUUAGUCUACUUCCAGACACUAACUGGGAAACUAAUGAUGACAAUUUGCACUGAAUUUUGCCAUAUGACUAUAUGCCUGAGUGGUGUUUGUAAUUUGCUUAUGGUGAGUUUUGUGAUGUUUCUGUCUGUCUUAUGGAACCCUAAUCUGUAUUCCUAAAGCCACCCACUUCAGAUUAGUGUAAGAGGUAUGAGUUUGGUCUCUAAAGUUCCUGCAGCCCUAUUUUUACUCCUCCUUUGUGCUGGAACUUGAAUUGUUA